CUAAAGACACGAAAGGUUUCGAUAGGGUCUAACCAGGAAGCGACAAAACAGAAAGUAGAGCACGUUUUAUUCACGUUAUAUGUGAAUUUUAUGUUUCUGCUGUUUACGAGCUAACAGAUUUAAUCAGAUAAGAAUCCUUCCAUUAACAGAAGAGACAGUUGUCUUACGUGAAAAUGAGCACAUGUUAUACGUGUCUUAUCUAAAAACUCGACAAUUUUGGGUUGAAAACCAGGACACAAUCUUCGAAGAGUGAUUUUUCUCUGAAGUUCCAAGUAAGUAAUUAUUAACACAGGUGUACAAUCUCAGCUGCCUGGCCGAGUGAGGUGAAGCCCUGGAUAUGUCCUCCACAAAUGGUGCUGUGGGUCAGAAGAGUCAGAGAGGGAAGGAGGAGAAGGGUGAUGGGGAGAAUAGGAUCCUGGCGAUCCUGUUUGUGUCCCUCGUCAUAGAUCUGCUGGCCUUCACUGUCAUUCUCCCCCUCUUACCUUCCCUGCUCGACUUCUACGGAAGUCAGAAAGAGGAUCAACUAUACCAGUCAUUGAUGAACUCUGUGAGAGGGUUUCGGGAACUAGUUGGUGCUCCAGACACCCCUAGGUGGAAUUCUGUUCUGUUUGGAGGUUUGAUUGGAUCCCUGUUUUCCAUGCUGCAGUUUCUUGCCUCCCCGGUAGUAGGGGCAGCUUCAGAUGCGUAUGGGCGUCGCCCUAUCCUCAUUGUCUCCAUGAUCGGUGUAGCCAUAUCCUAUGCUGUCUGGGCAGUGUCCCACAAUUUUGGUUUGUUUGUCAUUGCCCGAAUUAUCGGGGGUCUCAGUAAGGGGAACAUCAGUCUCUCAACAGCGGUUGUGGCCGAUAUCUUACCUCAGGAGAGGCGUGGCAAGGGAAUGGCUAUGAUUGGUGUAGCAUUUUCCAUCGGAUUUGUGUUCGGUCCUCUGAUUGGUGCAGGGUUCUCUGUGUGGGCACGUCAACAGGACGGGGCAUUUUACACCCCUCCUGCUCUAUUCGCCCUCGUCCUAGCUGUCACAGAUGUUAUAUUUGUAUUUUUGUUUUUCAAAGAAACACUCCCAAGUGAUAAACGGGCCAAGUCUGUAGCUAGUGGAUGGCAAAACACAUCACACCUCAUCAAUCCUGUGUCAUUAUUUAAAUUUUCAUCUGUCACAAAAUUAUCUAAGACAGAUUCACAGACGGUACAGAAGUUGGGAGUGGUGUACUUUAUUUACCUGUUUCUGUACUCGGGCCUUGAGUUUACACUAACAUUCCUUACACACAACCGACUACAGUACGAUAGUAUGCAGCAAGGGAAGAUGUUUUUCUUUAUUGGAACUGUCAUGGCGUUAGUACAAGGUGGUUAUGUUCGGAGAAUUAAGUCUGGAAAACAGCUGCGAAUUGCCACUGUUGGCAUGUCACUUCUGAUGCCGGCGUUUGUGAUAAUGGCAUUUGCCCAUUCCGCCCCGAUGAUGUAUCUGGCACUCAUGCUAUUUGCUUUUGCGUCUGCCACAGUGGUGCCCUGUUUAACUACCCUAAUCUCCGAGUAUGGAGGGAGUGACCAGAAAGGGGUCGUCCUUGGAGUGUUUAGAUCUCUAGGGGCUCUCGCCCGGGCCCUUGGACCAGUAGUCUCCUCAGUGGUGUACUGGAGCUGUGGUGAUAAGGUAUGCUACCUGACCGGAGGAGUACUACUGGUGAUACCUUACCUUCUGCUGAGGAAGCUGAAGACACACCAGGCCAAGUCUGACUGAAUUCUGAUAAAAGCUAGCAGGUGCAGAGCAUAUCAUGUCAACACUUUUAAGCAAAAUCAAUAUUAUAAUAAAUAUUCGUUAAGAUGUUAUUUGUAAAUCACUCACAGUAAUAUCUUUUUUCAAAGAUAAAUAUCGACUGAAGUUAAUAGAAUUUCCACAGCUUGAGAUAAAAUAGGCUACAUAUUGGGUUAUUAUUUACUUUUGGAGUCUUGAAUGGAUAAAAACACCAGACAUUUUUGUUUCACUUGGGAGAGUUAUAGAUAUACCGUUACAUGGAUCAGCAGAGUUUUUAUAACCAUCUUGUAUAAAUUCCCUAUUUGACUGAGUAUUAGAAGAUCUAUAGUUACCAUAUACAGUAAAACAUAUUUAUAAUGAAUCCCAGGGACCUACAUUAUUAGUUCUCUACAGUAAAAUAUGUUUAUACUGAAUCCCAGGGGACCCUCAGGGGCCAUCGUUACUGUGGUGUUUUACAGUAAAACAUGCUUUAUUACAAACCUCAAAGGACCUUGGUAAUUAGUUCUUUAUAGUAAAACUUAAUUUACAACGAACUCCAGAGGACUUAAUUGUUCACGAUUAAAACAUGUUUGUUUUGAACUCUAGGGGCGUGGCGGGGGCUUAAGUUAUUAGUUCUCAAUAGUUAAACAGGGUUUGUAGCGAACCCUACGGGACCAAACUUAUUAAUUCUCUAUAUAUGUAGGAAGAGUACUAAAACAUUGUUUAAAACAAACACCAAGGGAGGUAAGUAAGUAGUUCUCUACUGUUAUAAGUAAACACCAAGGGAGGUAAAUAAGUAGUUCUCUACUGUUAUAAGUAAACACCAAGGGAGGUAGGUAAGUAGUUAUCUACUGUUAUAAACACCAAGGGAGGUAAGUAAGUAGUUCUCUACUGUUAUAAGUGAAAAUUCACCAUAAAUGUGGUCUUAGUUAUCAUGUUUUACUGUUCUUGGAAGAGGAAUAUAUCAAAACUUUUCAUAUCCCAGUAUCAGUACAAAUAUAGAUUUUAAUUAUGUUGACUGAUUGAUUUAAAUAUUUCAUACUUAAAAGAAUUAAGGAUCCUCUGACAUGGUCAGCUAUAUAAAACCUUUGAUUGAUUGCUAAGGGACCAUUAUAAAUUUAAUUGAGUCUUAUUUUCAAACUUGAAUGAUAGUUUCACCCAAGGGUAGUCCUAAAAUAGACUUGAUGCUUUAAGAAGCAAUGACUAUAAAUUAACUCAUCGACAUUAAAACAAAGUAUUCAUAGUUUAUACAAUUUAUGUGUAAACAAUAUGAACGUAGAAAAAGUACAUAUCCUUACCCUGUACCCCCACCUGAAACUGUUUUUCAGAUCAUUAGAUAAAACCAUGCAUAAUUUGAUGCAUAUUCAAUUUUAUCAGUAGUCUGAAUUAACACCAAGUGAAACAAUACUGUAAUAUCUAAUCUUGAGUUAUUAUCAAAUCCCCACCAGAAAGAGAAAUGCUGCCAGUUAUUACAUCAUUAAAGUAAAAAAUGGAAUAUUACAUAGAAUUUAUAGUAAAUUAUGUACAUGUGAUUAGAAAGAUGUUACGGAACUAGAAACAUAAUACAUUUUAUAAAAAGUUUAUAAUUUAGGGUUUUACAAUAUUUUUUUGCACAGUAGUGGCCAAUACUGCAGAGGAUUAUUCAAGAAAAUAUAUGUGGGGAAGAGGUUCGGGCUGGUUGGCAGGGAGGCACUGUGAUCCCCACCACCUACAAUUCUAUUAUUAUUUUGACCCACCACCCAUAUACAUUUAUUAUCAAUAACAAGUGCCUCCCUCUGCCCCCCCCCCCCCCCCUUUCACCUCCUCAUAUUAAACAUGUGAUAUAGAUAAGCUGUGACAUGAUUUUGAGUAGAAUUACUACAGUAACUGUGAAAUACAUAUCAUCAGAUAUACUGUCUGAUAUUACACCAUUAUGGUGACUUAUGUUUAAUAUUUUCUGCUGAAAACAAGUGUCCAGAAUUACGCUUCGAUGUGCUUUCACGUGUAUAUUAUUAUACACCAACACUUGACGUCGUUUUAACUAAUUUUGUGUUCAGGUUUUUUUCUCAAAUAUAGAAUUGGGUCACCACUGUUAUUCUGUUCCUGUUUGAUUCACUACUGAUAUUGAGGGGACUGGAUGUGCUAGAAACUUGGAUCAUGUUUGUCUUUCAUCCCUGAUAACUGUUUUUUUUUAUGCUUUACAUUUACUAUAUUGGUAAAAUGUGUUUAAUGCCAUGGCUGUUGGUACUUGAGGUUUAGAUGUGAACAUCAACGAUUUUGGAGGUACACCACUCUAGUCAUCAAGUUCAGAGAUUCGCUGAAUGAGAUGUGACAUUUGAUAUGAUACUUCAUUUAUUGUUUUUAAACCAAAACUGGCAACAUGUGUUCCCCUUAAGUAUUUAUAAUAACUAUAGAACCUAACACAUACAUAUGUUAUCCUGUGUUUAUGAAGUUUUUUAAGAGUUUAUCAUACUUUACUCAUCAAAUUUAAGUUAAUGAUCAUUGUAUAAUAAAAUUUACUUUAACAAUGAACUGCUUUCAUUUGACAGCCAUAGGCUAUAGGCAGCUAGACGAAGUAAAAUUCAUUGAAGUGUGCUAGCGCUUCAUGUUGGAUUUGCCUUUGUCCUGUUGGGAUUCAUAUUGCCUAUGAAUGCAAACUGAAAGCAGUUCAAU